ACGGGGACCGGUGGAGCGGAGUGGGGCUCGGCCGUAGCGGGGCCAGCACGGCUGGAAGCGCGGUUCGGUGCCGGAGCGGCUCCUCGGCUUUGGGAACGGGUAUUCUUUCUGUGGAUAACUUCUAUAAGCACAUCCAUGGCAAUGCAAGCACAUAAACCUGACCUAGCACCUGGAUUUUCAAACAUUAACCACGUGCCAGGAUAUCAAGUCCCCUAUGGCUACCCUCAACAUGCACCUGGGACUUACCAAGGUGUUUCAGGUGCAGGGAGCUAUGGCUUUCAGGUACAGCCCAUGAGAGUCCCAGCUGAACUUGCUGUUCCACCCAUACAGAACCAGCCCAUUGUGAAGGAGGGGACAAUCUGGAUGCCUGUCCCUCCUCCUCUUCCCAACUGCCCUCCUGGACUGCAAUACCUCACUCAGAUUGACCAGAUAUUAAUUCAUCAACAAAUUGAACUUCUUGAGAUUUUGACUGGCUUUGAAACAAACAACAAAUAUGAAAUCAAGAAUACGCUGGGGCAAAGGGUGUACUUUGCAGCUGAGGACACUGACUGCUGUACCAGGAAUUGCUGUGGGCCAUCACGACCCUUCACCAUUCGGAUUAUAGACAACCUGGGCCAUGAGGUGAUAACAUUGCAGAGACCCCUCCGGUGUUCUUCAUGCUGCUUUCCCUGCUGCUUACAGGAGAUGGAAGUUCAGGCACCACCAGGAACACCAGUUGGUUAUGUUGUCCAGAACUGGCAUGCCUGCCUGCCAAAGUUUACCAUUCAAGAUGAGAAAAGAAUGGAUAUAUUGAAAAUUUCUGGCCCAUGUGUUGCCUGCAGCUGUUGUGAUGACGUUAAUUUUGAGGUGAAAUCUGUGGAUGAGACUGUGACUGUUGGAAGGAUUUCUAAGCAGUGGACUGGAUUUUUGAAAGAAGCCUUUACAGAUGCGGAUAACUUUGGAAUCACAUUCCCAAUGGACCUUGAUGUAAAAAUGAAAGCUGUCAUGAUCGGUGCUUGCUUCCUUAUUGACUUCAUGUUUUUUGAGCAUGCUGGUGAUAACCAACAGCGAGCAGGAGUUUGGCAAUGAAAACUUUUAUAUAGAAGAAGAACAUAAAUCUCCCAACUUCCCAGUGGAUUUCAGAGCUCCAGUAAGAAUGUGAGAAAUGUAUAUCUUGUGCUACUGCAAGUUUAUAUUUCUAUAAACUAAAAGCUUUACAUUUUAUUGUGGGUUUUUCUUUGUAGUAAAUAAUUUAUAGUAUUCAAAUAAGAGCACUUUGUACAGAUCAAAACAGAAGCUUACAGAAAUAUAUAGCAACUUUUCUUUACAAGAAAUUUGGAAUUGUAAAAUAACUACUUAAAGUUACUUUAAUUCAUAAAAAAAGAGGACUUCUAUAUUCAUUAUUAAUAUGAGCAGUGAGCCUAAUAAAGAGGUGCUGACCUUUU